GCCUUUUUUUAAAAAAAAUUCAUUUCUCUUAUCAUCAUUUAGGGUUUUAAUCAUAACAGCGGCUUUUGCUCUCGUUGAUCAGUGAAAGGAGAUGGAAGUUACACAGGUGCUUCUGAAUGCACAAUCAAUUGAUGGAAGUAUACGAAAAAAUGCUGAAGAAAGCUUGAAACAGUUUCAAGAGCAAAACCUUCCUUGUUUCUUGCUGUCACUCUCUGGAGAGUUGGUAAAUGAGGAGAAGCCUUUGGAAACACGUAAAUUAGCGGGUUUGAUACUUAAGAAUGCAUUGGAUGCUAAGGAACAACACAGGAAGUUUGAGCUUGUUCAAAGAUGGUUGUUGUUGGAUGACAAUGCAAAGAGCCAAAUUAAGGCAUGCUUACUUAAGACCAUUUCUUCUCCAGUGUCUGAUGCUCGAUCAACUGCUUCGCAAGUCAUUGCGAAGGUUGCUGGCAUUGAGUUGCCACAGAAACAGUGGCUCGAGUUGAUAGGUUCUCUUUUAUCAAAUGUUCAUCUGUCUCCAGCUCAUGCGAAGCAAGCUACUUUGGAGACUCUUGGAUAUCUGUGUGAGGAGGUCUCUCCUGAUGUUUUUGAUCAAGAUAAAGUAAAUAAAAUACUUACGGCUGUAUUUCAAGGUAUGAGUGCAUCGGAAAGAAACACUGAUGUGAGGCUUGUUGCGACAAGAGCACUUAAUAAUGCACUGGGAUUUGCUCUGGCAAAUUUCAACAAUGACAUGGAGCGUGAUUAUCUAAUGAGAGUUGUCUGUGAGGCAACGCAAUCUUCAGACAUGAGGAUAAGGCAGGCAGCUUUUGAGUGUUUGGUUUCUAUUUCAUCAACUUAGUAUGAAAAACUAGCUUCUUAUAUUCAAGAUAUUUUUAAUGUUACGGCAAAGACUGUGAGGGAAGAUGAUGAAUCUGUUGCUCUUCAAGCUAUUGAAUUCUGGAGCUCAAUAUGUGACGAGGAGAUUGAUAUUUUGGAAGAAUACGGAGGUGUUAAUGGGGAUUCUGAUAUUACUUGCUUUUACUUCAUCAAGCAGGCUCUUCCUGCUCUUGUUCCUAUGCUGUUGGAGUUGCUGUUGAAGCAGGAAGAGGAUCAAGAUCAGGAUGAAGGGGCUUGGAAUAUUGCAAUGGCUGGUGGAACUUGUCUUGGUUUGGUUGCACGGACUGUAGGAGAUGAUAUAGUCCCUCUUGUUGUCCCUUUUAUCGAGGAGAAUAUAGCCAAACCAGAUUGGAGGCAGAGGGAGGCCGCAACUUAUGCCUUUGGUUCAAUCCUGGAUGGUCCUUCUCCUGAAAAAUUAUUACCUCUUGUGAAUGUUGCCCUAAACUUUAUGCUAAGUGCUUUGACAAAGGACCCCAAUAGCCCUGUCAAAGACACUACUGCCUGGACCCUUGGACGGAUCUUUGAAUUCCUUCAUGGCUCAGUUAUUGGUUUACCAAUCAUCACUCAAGAAAAUUGCCAACAAAUAGUCAUAGUUCUGCUACAGAGCAUGAAGGACACUCCAAAUGUGGCUGAGAAGGCCUGUGGUGCUCUGUAUUUUCUCACUAAAGGUUAUGAGGAGGUGGGUCCUUCAUCCCCUUUAGCGCCUUUUUUCCAGGAAAUUGUGCAGUCCCUUCUCACUGUCACUCACCGAGAAGAUGCCAGGGAAUCCCGGCUGAGGACAGUUGCUUAUGAGACAUUGAACGAAGUGGUAAGGUGUUCAACUGAUGAGACAGCUCCAUUGGUGUUGCAACUGGUGCCCAUCAUCAUGAUGGAGCUUCAUAUCACUCUUGAGGGGCAGAAACUGUCAUCUGAUAAAAGAGAGAAACAGAGUGAAUUCCACGACCAUCUUUGUGGAUGCUUACAGGUUAUUAUCCAGAAGCUCGGUUCAUCAGAACCAACCAAGCAUGUGUUCAUGCAGUAUGCAGAUCAGAUAAUGGGUCUUUUCCUAAGGGUUUUUUCUUGCAAGAGUGCAACUGUGCAUGAGGAGGCCAUGCUUGCAAUUGGAGCCCUUGCUUAUGCAACAGGGCCAGAUUUUGCUAAGUACAUGCCAGAUUUUUAUAGGUACCUGGAAGUGGGUCUUCAGAAUUUCGAAGAGUACCAAGUCUGUGCUGUCACAGUUGGUGUUGUGGGUGAUAUUUGUAGGGCGUUAGAGGACAAAAUUGCUCCUUACUGUGAUGGGAUUAUGACACAACUUCUCAAGAAUUUAUCAAGCAAUCAGUUGCGUCGUUCUGUGAAGCCUCCCAUAUUUUCGUGCUUUGGUGACAUUGCAUUGGCUGUUGGAGAGUAUUUCGAAAAGUACUUAAUGUGGGUCAUGUCUGCUCUUCAGAGAGCAGCAGAGUUAUCAACCCAUGUUUUAGGAGAUGAUGAAUUGACAGAGUACACAAAUUCCCUGAGAAAUGGAAUUCUGGAGGCAUAUUCUGGGAUUUUCCAAGGGUUUAAAAGCUCUCCGAAAACCCAGCUCUUGAUUCCUUAUGCACCUCACAUCCUCCAGUUCUUGGAUGGCAUAUACAUGGAGAAAGACAUGGAUGAUGUGGUAAUGAAGACUGCUAUCGAAGUACUUGGAGAUGUAGCCGAUACAUUGGGAAGUCAUGCUGGUUCUUUGAUUCAGCAAUCACUUUCGUGCAAAGACUUUCUAAAUGAAUGCUUGUCUUCAGAGGACCUUAUGAUUAAAGAAUCAGCCGAAUGGGCCAAGUUGGCCAUUACUCGUGCCACUUCUGUUUGAUGGUGUCGUCGUUCCUCAUUUUUAUUUUUUCUGUUGGAAAUCCCAUGCAUUUGUCUGUGUUGAGUUGAGGGUCCGGGAUUGCAUGCGUCAAGUCUUCACCAUUUUCAUGAUAACAGAAGUUGUUAUCGGUCUUCAAGUCGUUAACUCUUGCAUCAUCAUCAUCAUCAUCACGGGGUUAGAUUCCAUUUUUUCGACAUGGAAGUGGAUUGGGGUGACUUCCAAGAAGUUUAUGUUCAUUGCAUUGAAGUCGAGGGGAAAGAGUAUCUUUCGGUCCUCUGAACGACCAAUGACAAACUGUACCGACUAAAUAGUAGCGUUGGUCACUUUCAAUCGCUGUGCGUGAACACCCCUCGUGGCAAGACCGGCAUCAUUUUUGCCCUUGGUUUGUUUUUCUCCAAGUAAAUAUCGGAUCGAGGCCUAGGGUUCAAAAAUCCGCAGCAGCUUGAGAACAAUCUCCAAGUGCAGCAUUUCAUUUUCGCAGUUUCUUUUUUAUUUUUGUAGCAUACGUCUGCAUGUUCCUUUUCGAGUAUACAUACAUACAUACACACAUACCAUUCUGUGCCCGGGUUGCAUUAAAGCUCCAUAGCUGCUUUUGUGUAAUUGUUUGUUACCUAAUUGGGAGCCAAUUGCUCAAAUAUCAUGCAUUCAUAAGUCCUUUGCUUUGCCUUACAUUUCUGUAUAUAUUUUUUCCAAAGUUGAGAUGGUAUAUAUUUGGAAUAUACAUAUAAUUUG